UAUGUUCUCUAAGAAAGGCUUAGUGUUAUUUGAAAUAUUGUUCCUAUCCCUCAGUAUCGCAGCUGAGGAUGAGAUAAAACCCGAACCGAAACCAAAAAGUGAAUACAAAAAAUCUUUAUCGCGAGAUUGUGCCAACGUUUAUUCGGCGACAUGUUUGAAAUUGGAUAUAGUUUCUUGGGUCGAUAAACUGAACGAAGACGAUGAUUUUAAUGUGAUUCCGGGUGUUUCGGUGGUACGUGAGGAAAGUAGUGCCAGAGCCAAUACUGCAGACAUGGUUGCUGAACUAGCCAGGGAUUUUCCAAACGAUCCAGAUGCUCGCCUCGAUGCAUUUCUGAUUAAAAAAGUCACCUCAUAUCUAAAUAGUCACUCUCUACGUCUGGACCUCAUGAACAAGGAAUAUGUUGGAUCUGCAAGGAAAGGUGGUGGUGGUGGAGGAGGCAACAAGGGAGGUGGAGGAGGAAUGGGAGGAGGAAUGGGAAUGAUGAUGGCUGCUGGGGCAAUGAUGAAGGGAACACUGAUGGCCCUAGCUCUGGGAGGUAUAGCAGCGAUAGCUGGAAAGGCCCUGAUGACUGGUUUGAUUUCUCUUCUGCUGUCUGGUAUCAUUGGUCUGAAGGCAUUAACAAGUCAGGGUCAUAAGUCAACAACAUAUGAAAUUGUUUCCAAGCCCAUUUACUCUCAUUCGAGUUCUCACUCGAUAGGUCAUGAAGAACAUGGACAUCCUGGUUACGGACAUUCUUCUUACGGAAGGAGCUUCGACAUGCCUUUACCACUGGGUUUGCAACAAGAGUAUAAACCAACAUAAGUGAUACCAAACGUUCCUCA